AUGGCUAAUUCAAGUGUUAGUAGUAUUAGUAUUCUUACAGAUAUUUCUUCAACAGAUUCAGAUGACGCGGUUUUAUCAUCAAACGAAUCAUUAAAUUCCUUAAAAACUGAGGAACAUAAUGAAUUGUACGAUCAUAGAGAACAAAACUAUAGUGUACUACCAAGCGAUGAGAAUCAUCACAAUAAUCUGGAUGAUACUAAUGCCAUUGAAAACAAUGGUGCCAAUAACAAUAAACCUACUAUACAAAGCACAGCUAGUACUAGGGUACCCAGUUUCAAAUUGAACAAACCAAGUUUAGAAAAAAAAAAUAGUUCCACUGGGCGUAAUGUUACUUCUUCUGCCACAAAUAAUCCUACCAGCAAUAACAAUUUGGCUAAUAAUAAUAACAGUACAACUUCUAUUACGGCUGGUGUCAAUACCAAUAAUGGUAGUAAUUUGAAUGUUUCCAAAAAAAAAUCACGAAGUAAUUCACACGAAUCGUCUAUUUUACUUUUCCCCAUUUUAAACCAAUUGACCAAAACUAAUACAAAUGCUAGUGUCUUGACUGGUAUUAGUAAUAAAAAAAAAGGUAACAAUAACUUGAAUAGAAGAAAUUCUAUGGAAACCAGCGAUUCAAGAGACUCCCAGGAAACUGAAGAAGAUGUUUGUUUCCCCAUGAUUCAAUACCAACAUGAACGUAUUAAUGGAAUUGAUUUUGACGAGCUGGAAGAGUUUGCACAAGAAGAAAUCAGAUUUAAUAAUUUACAACAAGCCAAAAUUAAUAAUAACCCUGUUAUGUAUUCUCCCGUCAGCAAACCUCAGGAACAUGUUUUGGAAACCAUCAAAACAAAUUCCUCUUCCACUUCUGUUUCCUCUUCUGUCUCCAAAGCGGCUUUAAGAUAUACACCACGUGAUGCUUUAAAUUACCAGCAACAAUAUUUCCCACCCACCUCUGCCUCCGCUGUUAUAGUGGAAGACAAAGACAAUGCCAAGCAUAGUAAAUUUUCCAAGAGAUUCAAUAUGAAUAAAUCGGGAAGUACUGUAGCUAAUAAUAAUAAUACUGGUUUGGACAAAAAUGGGGUUUCUUUUGGAUUGAAUAAAGUAGAACAAGAAUAUGAUGAUGAUGACGAAGAACAUAAUUUGGGGAGUAAUAAAACAUAUACCAAAGCGUCGAUUAGUUUGGAAAAUCCUGGUAACCAUUUGAGUUCUCUCCACAAUGACAGUAAGUUAUCAAGUGCCGCACCUGGCACUGCUUCUUCUCCAUUGACAUCCGAUGGCAUCCCAACAUCGCUGUCACCAAACCAACCAAUUGUUAAUAAUGACAAUUUUCUUCAUUAUACUGUUCCUGAUAGAUUUUCAUUUUUCUCUAGCGAUAUGGAGGAGACUGUCCAUUCUCCAAGCAUUUCAUCCUUAUUGACUAAUUCAAAUGCGACAUCCUUUCGUAAAUUAUUUAAUGAUGGUGAGCCUACCUGGUGGUUAGAUUGUAUUUGUCCUACAGAUGAAGAGAUGAAGUGUAUUUCGAAAUGUUUUGGUAUCCAUCCCUUGACAGCUGAAGAUAUCCGUAUGCAAGAAUCCAGAGAAAAAGUGGAACUCUUCAAAUCCUAUUAUUUUGUUUGUUUCAACACUUUUGAAAGCGAUAAUGAGAGUGAAGAUUUCUUGGAACCUAUUAAUGUAUACAUCGUUGUGUUUCGCAGUGGUGUAUUGACUUUCCAUUUUGGACCUGAAAUAUCGCAUUGUUCCAAUGUAAGAAGGAGAGUUCGUCAACUAAGAGACUAUGUUGAUGUCAACUCUGAUUGGAUAUGUUAUGCCUUGAUUGAUGAUAUCACUGAUGGUUUUGCGCCUGUUAUUCAGAACAUUGAAUAUGAAGCUGAUAUGAUUGAAGAUUCAGUAUUUAUUGCCAGGGAUUUAAAUUUUGCUGAAAUGUUACAAAGAAUUGGUGAGAGUAGACGUAAAACAAUGACGUUAAUGCGUUUGUUGUCUGGAAAGGCAGAUGUUAUCAAAAUGUUUGCUAAAAGAUGCCAAGAUGAAUCUAAAGGGAUUGGACCAGCGUUGACUUCACAAAUAAACAUUGCAAAUUUAUCUGAAAAACAGCAAUCUAAUCAGCAAUGUUCUUCUUCUCCAAGAUCCGAUAUCGCCUUGUAUUUAGGUGAUAUUCAAGAUCAUGUUUUGACAAUGUAUCAAAAUUUAUUAUCUUAUGAGAAGAUUUUUUCGAGAUCACACUCUAAUUAUUUGGCCCAAUUGCAAGUUGAAUCUUUCAAUUCCAAUAACAAGGUCACUGAAAUUUUGGGUAAAGUUACUGUGUUGGGUACAAUGUUAGUUCCUUUAAACUUAAUCACGGGUUUGUUUGGGAUGAAUGUUCGUGUUCCCGGUGAUGACCAACGGACUUUUGGUUGGUUUUUCGGUAUUCUUGGUGUCAUUAUACUGGUUGUGCUUUCUGCUGUUUUCAUUUCCAAUUAUUGGUUGAAUCAUAUGGAAGCACCACAAACCUUAAAUGAAGCUGCCAUUAGUGGUGCGAGAUCGGUGAUUUCCAAAUCAAUGCUUUCCGGUAUUUUCAAUAAAAAAGACAAAAAACCUUUGUCUGCUAACAGCAAUAGAAAUGCCAAUUCCAUUGGUUUAAGUCAGCUUGGUAAGUCUACUAUUAAUACCAAUACUGGGCUAGGUUUGAAAUAUGCACGUCAAAACAAGUGCAAAUCUUCUAAAUCUAUUAAUAGUUUGCCGAGUAAGUUAACGAGAUAUGACUAA